GUCUGAUGAUUCGGAGACGGAGUGAAAUGAAAGGAAAGUUCUUCUUGCAAAAACAUUCUUGGAAAAUGUCCCCUUUUCGCUUUUUAGUCUUCCUUUUAUUCAGUGUUGCUUUACAAAGUGGAAUGUGUGAAACAUUAACCGAAGGACGAAAUGAUGGUGUGUUUGAAUUUACUCAGGAACGUUUAACAAGAUCAUCGCGGAAAUUUGACCAAGUUAAUGAAGCUGACGUGGCCGGUUGGUCCGGGGACGAAGUGCAUGGGCGUUCCGCUAGGAAGGUGUCUAUCACUAGCCGCGACUACCACAGAAGAAAUAUUCGUUCAUCCACUAUUGCUAAUUGCGGAGUUACUGGCGACCAAAUUGAUAAAAUAUUAAAUAACCAGUUCCACCUUAAUGACAGCAACUUCAAUCUGGCUUUAUUAUGGACAGGCGAGGACAGCAAGGAAUUGUUGGCACUCACUACAAUGGAGUAUGGUUUCUUGGCAGGCCAGUCCCACUUGUGGUUAAGCUUAGACUAUGGGAAGUCUUUCACUAAUAUUGAUGAUAGAAUUGAAGGAGCAAUCAUAAGGAAAAGCAAUGGUAUCUUCAAGAGUCCUCUCGACUCACAAAGGAUCAUCCUCAUUUCUUACCUGGCCGAUAUGGAUGUGUUUGCAUCCAAAUUCUACAUCUCCAAAGACGGUGCCCGUACUUUCUCUGCUGUCUCACUCCCAUUCCUUCCUGAGGGACGGAUUAAUUUCCAUCCCACCCAUCAAGAUCUGCUCUUUGUCCAAACACCCAACGAGGAAAAUAAAGUAUGGUUGUCAAGGGACUUUGGCACCACGUGGACCACCCUCCAAUCCAACGUCCAACAGGCAUCUUGGGCAACAUCAGAAAUGAAUGCACCGGAUGAUCUCUUCAUGCUUAAAGAAGAAGAUGGCCAGCUAAAUUUGUUAAAAACACCAAAUCUUGGAAAUUCAUAUCAAACUCUUCAAAAGCACGUCCAGAAUUUUGGUCUUCAAGGCAAAUUCAUCUAUGCUGCCAUUACUUCCAGUGAGGAAACAUCAGGUGAGGCACAGCAUAUCUUACAUGUUUCUACUGACAGAGGGCAUUCAUGGCAGCCUACUCAACUACCUGUUAUCACAAGUGAUAGAUUUUUCUCUGUCCUCGACAUGAGUGAAGGUCUCAUCUUUAUGCAUGUAGAUGAUCCAGAAAACACGGGAACGGGAACAAUCUACACGUCUGCUUCGGAUGGUAUCGUCUUUUCAGAGUCAUUAUUGCGCCAUCUCUUUCCAAAUGGCAACCAGGUGACCGAUUUCUACAAGGUGGAGUCAAUGCGUGGAGUGUACCUGGCUAGUCAGAUACAUGAAGACUCUACCAUCCACACAGUGAUUACUUACGAUAGGGGAGGGAUCUGGUCCCCGGUCAGGAGGCCUGCUGAGGUCCCGUGUACAGAUACAGGGGAAUGCCAUCUACAGAUUCACAAUCAGUACAGCAGACUGAAGGGCAUACGCUUCCCAUCGGGGCCGGUCAGUGACAGUACAGCGACUGGACUCCUCUUAGCCCAUGCUACCGUUGCCAGCUCGCUAGAGCUACGACCCCCUGAUGUGUACGUUUCCAGUGAUGGCGGUUACAACUGGAGAUUGGCCCUGCAAGGUCCUCAUCACCUAGCUAUAGCAAACAGUGGUGGUCUCCUUGUAGCCAUUCCAACCAUAGAGGAUGCUACUGAUACGAUCAAAUUUUCCUACGACGAGGGUCAGUGCUGGAAUUCGUACAAGUUCACCGAGGAGAAGAUUUCAGUGACAGGACUCCUGCCGGAACCAAGCAAGAAGUCUCUCAAUGUCAGUAUCUGGGGAUUUGGUGCAGAUGAUAGCCAGUGGAGAUCCUUCAUGAUCAACUUUGGUUCUAUCCUUACGAGGCGAUGUGGGGAUAGUGACUUCAUGGACUGGCAGCCUCAUGAAAACAAUGGCAGGGCUGGGUGUUUGCUGGGACGAAAAGAAGUCUUCAGUCGAGUCCGACCCGAUUCUCUCUGUCGGGUUAGCUUCAUGUUUGAGCAGCAUCCAACCUCGAUGACGUGCAGUUGUGAUAAAUCCGACUAUGAAUGUGACUAUGGAUUUUAUAGAAAAACAAAUUCUACAGAUUGUAUCCUGAGUCCAGAGUUUCAACAUAAAGACCUUGAGUACUGUGAAUACGGCCACGAAGAAGAAUUAAAUUCCUGGGGGUAUAGGAAGAUUCCUGGGGAUAGCUGUGUGGACGGUUAUCAGCCCCAAAGGGACGUAGAGAAAUUAAAAGCAAGGUGCGGAACAUCGUCACAAACAAAAAAGUCACAUUCAGCUGCAGUGGGGAUUCUAGUCACAUUGUUUGUUGUUAUAGUUUUAGCACUGGUCUACAUUUUGUACAAGAAAGGCAAAUUUAUGUCCUUACACACUGGCCUCAGGACAUACAGAUACAGUAAAUUAAGUCAAGGAGAUUCCUGCGAAAAUAAUCCCCUUGAUUUGUCUGAGCCAGUGCAAGGUUACCAUGAUGACUCAGAUGAGGAUAUGCUAGAAUGAACAUAGCAAUCAGGAGGUCCCUUUGUGUUUGUGGGAUACUACUAUAUACUGCUACACAUCUACAUAGCUGUACUUCAAAAGGAAGACAAAAGUAUUGAAUUAAAUAAGUGCCUUUUAAUAACAUGAUAUGAGAAUAACAUCAUUUAGUGAUUUUGUACUUUAAUAAUGGGCUAUCCUAUGGCUUGUUCGGAUAUGGCAUGACUUCACUUUGCAA